AUGAGUGAAGGGAUACGAAAGGUACCAACUUGUCAAGCUGUUGAAGGAUGCUCGAAUCCGGCAAAGGUCAAGAAAACGAAAGAUGGAAUGAAAUUGUGCGGAGAUUGCUUCACAAAAAGCUUCGAAGACGAUGUUCAUGAAACAAUUAUCAAGAAUAAUAUUUUCAACAGAGGAGAACGAGUUGCGAUUGGGGCAUCGGGCGGUAAAGAUUCGACUGUUCUAGCAUAUGUCAUGAAGACUUUGAAUGACCGUUACGAUUAUGGACUUGAUCUACAGUUGUUGUCGAUUGAUGAAGGAAUCAAAGGAUACAGAGAUGAUUCAUUACUGGCGGUUCAAAAAAACAAAGUUGAGUAUGGAAUUCCGUUGACGAUUUUGAGUUAUGAAGAUCUUUAUGGUUGGACAAUGGAUAAAAUUGUCUCAAAAAUUGGAAAAAAGAACAAUUGCACAUUCUGUGGUGUAUUCAGGAGGCAAGCACUUGACCGCGGUGCUUUCAAAAUCGGAGCUACAAAACUUGUUACCGGACAUAAUGCGGACGACAUGGCCGAAACUGUACUAAUGAAUGUACUACGAGGUGAUAUUGGAAGGCUUCAGAGGUGCACAAAUAUCAUUACCGGAGAAGAAGGUGAUUUGCCAAGAGCAAAACCAUUAAAGUAUUGCUUCGAGAGAGAUAUUGUUAUGUAUGCCCGAGUAUUGAAACUCGAAUAUUUCUACACCGAAUGCAUUUAUGCACCAAAUGCCUAUAGAGGAUAUUCAAGAAUAUUCGUUCGAGAACUUGAGGAACUUCAACCUCGCGCAAUUCUUGAUCUCAUUCGAUCUGGAGAAAAAUUGGCAGUGAGGAAGGAAGUUGAGAUGACAAAACUGAUGACUUGUGAAAGAUGUGGAUACAUAACUAGUCAAAAGUUGUGCAAAGCAUGUCUUCUGAUUGAAGGUUUAAACACCGGAAAUGUCGAUUUAGGAGUUCGCAAGAAAUCGAAGAAACCCGUCACUUCGGAAACGACUGGUUGCGGCUCGAGUAACGGUGGAUGUGCUUGUGCCGAUUCAACAGAUCCCAACGCUUCAGAGGAAACUCUUGAAAAACUCAAAGCUCUUGAUUUUUGA